AUGAAUAGAAAGCGACAAUCAACAAUAGUACUACGUGAAUGUAAAAUUUGUGAAGCUCCGGCUCAAUAUUCGUAUUACGGUGUUAUAGCAUGUUCUCCAUGCAAAAUAUUUUUCAAACGAAAUGCUGAACGAGGACAAAAAGUAUUAAAAUGCAAUUCUGAUGGUCAUUGUGAAAUAAAUUCAAAUAAUCGUUAUCAUUGUUCUUAUUGUCGACUUAUGAAAUGUUUUACAAAUGGAAUGCAAACUGAAAUGCUUCGAUCUUCUUUGCCAAAAAGAAAGAAAAAAAGUGAAAAAGAAAAAAUGAUGACAAAUCCAGUAGAAACAACAUCAACAGCGUUAGUUAGAUUAAAUCAACUUGAACAAUUUCCAACAUUGAAUCUGUUACGAUCAGAUCAAUCAACAUUGGAUGUCGAUCAAUGGAAUCUUAUCUCAAAUUUAUCACGUUGUUAUGAUGAACAUAGUGGAUUAUCAAUAGGUCAAACUUACAUGCAUGAACAAAAUAAAUUACCUCAUAAAUUACGUUAUAAAUGUGCAUCAGUGUCCGAGUUAUAUCAAAUGAUGUUUAAUGAUGCUCAAUUAUUAUACAAAAACAAUCGCGAUUUUCGUUGUUUAUCAGCAGAUGAUCGUUCUAUUUUACUGCAUAGUACAUUGUCACAUACGACACUCAGCAACCUUACCCUCCGAAGCAACGAUAUUGGUGCUAAUGGAGCACAAUAUCUGGCUGAAGCAUUACAGAAUACUACAACACUUACCAUGCUCAAUCUUGAAAGCAGCAACAUUGAUUCUGUAGCAGCACAGUAUCUUGCUCAAGGAUUACAAAAUAACACUACACUCACAGAGCUUAAUCUUCACUACAAUAAAUUUGGUGAUGAAGGACUGGAAUAUUUAACUCGAGCAUUUCAAAAUAACACGGUUAGACAAGUUUUCUUUUCAUCGACUGUAAUUUCAUGA